AUGGCGUCUGAACAAUUAUCUCGCAGAGGAAACAUCACAACCGUCGAGAAAGACAAUGUCCCUCUAAGAACAACCCACUUCGAGCAUCGAGAAACCCACGAACUUGGACCAAACUUUCAGUCUCUCCCUCGCAACGAGAAUCAAACUUACCUUGAUCGUGGUGCACGUGUUCCUUUGAAUGCCAAUGUAUCAGAAAGUUACCUUGAUCGUGCAGGUGUUCCUUUGAAUGCAAAUGUAUCAGAAGAAGAGAAAAGGUUAACAACGGAAGAGAUAUCGAAGUAUAGAAACCAAGCUCAACAAAGUGCAUUGGAAGCGCUGUCAGAAGCACAAGAGAAAUACGAAAGAGCGAAACAAGCAACAAAUGAAACACUACGCAACACGACACAAGCAGCACAAGCAAAAGGUGCAACUGUUGAGAAAACACAACCAGGUUAUGAAGCGACAAGAGACACAGUUUCAAAUGCUGCAAGAACUGCUGCUGAGAAAGCAGCACAGGCUAAAAAUGCAACUUUUGAAAAGACACAACAAGGUUAUGAGGCAACAAGAGACACAGUUUCAAAUGCUGCAAAAACUGCGGCGGAGUAUGCUACUCCUGCAGCGGAGAAAGCCAAGUGUGUGGCUGUUCAGGCGAAAGAUGUUACUCUGGAAACAGGUAAGACAGCGGCGGAGAAAGCCAAGUGUGCCGCGGAAAUUGCUGCCAAAGUGGCGGUUGAUUUGAAGGAGAAGGCCACUGUGGCAGGGUGGACUGCGUCGCACUAUGCCACACAGUUGACAGUGGAUGGAACUAGGGCUGCUGCGAAUGCUGUUGAGGGAGCGGUUGGAUAUGUUGCACCUAAGGCUUCUGAGCUUGCAGCGAAAUCGGUGGAAACUGUUAAAGGUUUGGCUGCUUCUGCUGGUGAGACUGCUAAGGGGUUUACUGCUAGAAAGAAAGAAGAAUCAUGGCGUGAAUAUGAGGCUAAAAGAGCUUCUCAAAUUCAGGAAGGUGAAGAAAUCUUGCCAUCAAAUGUGAGCAACUAUACACAAAAAGUGACUCCAAGUGGAGAAAGAACUCAAGCACAAGGAACCAAUCUUCAAGAGAAGGUACAAGGAAAAGGAAGUGAUAUAUUAGGGGCUGUAACUGAAACUGUGAGUGACAUUGGAAGUAGCAUGAUUAAACCAAUAGAUAAUGCUGCUAAUACUAAAGUUAAGGAACAUGGUGGCACUACUAUUACUCAAAAGGGACAAGAUGCUGGUGGUGGUGUUUUGGAUGCUAUAGGUGAAACUAUAGCUGAGAUUGCACAUACAACUAAAGUCAUUGUUGUUGGUGAAGAUGAUGAAGUUGAAAAGUCAAUGCAGAAGAAUAUUGGGUCAGAUUCUCACUCUCUUGAUCGUGCCAAGCAGGAAGGAUAUAGAGCACCAAAGAAUAAUCUUUCUUGA